GCUCUCCUGGCUACGGCUCUGCAUAGCGCGCGUGAGUUCGUGCACCGUGUGUGUGUGUGUGUGUGUGUUUGCAGCGGUGCUUUAAGUACCUUGGACAGCACCAGGCAACACAUACACGCACUGGAGCAAGCAGAGGAACUUCUCUUCUCUCUCUCUUUAUAAACAUCAUCCCACCGCAGCGCAGCAUCACUCCUCCACUUCUGUUUACUUCUAACCUCUCUACUCUACUUGGACCUACUUUUUCGGAUAAUCUCUCUUUAUUUCCAGCCGGUUCUAUGAAGCAGUAGAGCCGCAGCCGCUCCUCGGAGCUCCGGACUCCUCUCUCUCUCUCCUCCUCCUCCUCCUGCCUGCUGGAGCUGGAGAGAUGCCCGCGGCGGGAUGUGCUCCAGCCGUAAGAUCCUGUGGAGCCUGCUGCUGUUGUCCGUGGUGGAGGUGGGCCUCGGCGUGGCGAGCAUCGUCCUGGGAGCCGUGGGCAUCAGCUGGGUCCGAGGAGAGCACAAACCACAGCAGGGAGAUGCGUCUCCGGUGUGGAGCGGACUCUGUUUUCUGGUCUGUGGGAUGUGCGGAGUGCUGUGUGCUCGCAAGAGGACAGGUCUUAUUAUGAUCCUAUUUUCGGCGUGCUGUAUCUGCGGUCUGAUUGGUGGGAUCCUCAACUUCCAGUUUGUUCGGGCGCUGAACAAACGACCCGACUCCAUGCACUCGAUUCAUCUGGCUGCCAUGACUCUGGCCUGUCUGGGGAUCUCCUCCUGUACCUUAUCCACAUGGCUCACCUGUCGCCUGGCCAGCUCCGAGCAGCAGAGGAUGUUCCUGGAGAGGGAACACUCGCUGCACCACUCGCACGAGAUGACCGAGAAGGAGAUCCUUGACAACUCCAGUAACGGCAUUCCUCAGAUCUCUUACAACGGACACACCACAGCGUCACCAUGACAACGCAACACCAAUACAUACUGAAACAGUUCAUGAAUCGCUCGCUGUCAGACGACAAAAUACAGCAUGUACUUCUUUCUGCACAUCCUGCGACGUACGCUGUAAGUCUAUCCUGACUGUGGAGAGUGAAAUCUCCAGGUGUCUCACCUUGGGACCUUUUUCUCCGCCGCCGGAGUGAAAGAAGGACGUUUUGACAACAAGAGGGAGACGUUUGUGCUUCUGAAUGAUUAUGCAAACAUGGGUUCAAACCCCUUCUGAUCAGCUCAAACCAAAGCAGGGAUGGAGAGCUGCCAUUUAGGAUCGUAAUUCAGGUGAAAAGCAAAUCUGCGUGGCAUCAUCUGACCUUUAAGCUAACGAGCAGGAAGGAUUUUAUCUAAAGUGAUGAGCACAAACCAAGCAUGCACUUGAAGAGCCACUGCUAUUUCAGUCUCAAUGUCUUUAUUCUCUCUAUCUCUGUCUUGUUAUGGGUUCAUGGAAUGCAGAUCUUGAGAUAGCCUACGGUAAACUGUAUGUAUCGUCCCAUAAUGGAAUACUUUGAUAUGAAAACAUGCGCAAUGUACUGUAUAUUGUAUAUCCAUGCUUGUAUAUCAGGAAUCUAGCCGUCCCUAUAAAUCAAACAUAUUUUUAUAAACGCUUCUUAUAAAAGUGAAUUCAAUUAAAGUAUGACCAAUCUGA